UCCUGCUCCCCUGCUCCCCUGCUCCCCUGCUCCGGCGGGAGGUCCCCGCAUGCCGCUGCCUGUCCCGCCGCUGCUCCGCCCGCYUCUCCACCGCGUCCGUGCCUUGGGCCGCCCGCCCCUACGCGCCCUCAUGAACCUCCGGGAGCUCGUUUCUGCUCUCAAUGACUUUGCAUCCCCCUCUCUGGCUGAAAGCUGGGACAAUGUGGGAUUGCUGGUGGAACCAAGUCCUCCCCACAUUGUGAACACCCUUCUCCUCACUAAUGACCUCACCGAGGAGGUGAUGGAGGAGGCAGUGCAGAAGARAGCAGACCUUGUUCUUUCAUACCACCCUCCUAUAUUCACACCACUCAAGCGAGUAACGUGGAAAACCUGGAAGGAACGGCUGGUGGUCCGAGCCCUGGAGAACAGAAUCGGAAUUUACUCUCCUCAUACGGCAUACGAUGCCAUACCUCACGGAGUUAAUAACUGGCUAACAAAGGGACUCGGUGCCUGUACCUCUGUCCCACUGCAUCCAUCAACCGCGCCAAGCUCUCCAGCUGARGGCACUCACCGGGUAGAAUUCUGUGCAGAUGCUGAGCAUGUGGAUGCAGUGCUGUCCAAAAUCAAAGACAUCCCAGAGAUCUCCUGUCUCACCACGCUCCCAGUCAGAGUUGAAGGKGAGGAGCAAACACGAGUCAGUCUGAACUGCUCUCAGAAAGCACUGCUGGAGGUGGUGGCAUUAUUGUCCCAGAACAGCCUUCUUUAUCACAAGACUGAGAUUCUCUUACUACAAAAGCCUCUUCUUCCCCAUACUGGAAUGGGACGUCUGUGCACUCUGAGUGAGCCGGUGUCCUUGUCAGACAUAMUAGAGCGGAUCAAAGGCCACCUGAAGUUAGCCCAUGUCCGUGUAGCCGUGGGAGUGGGCAGGACACUGGAAUCACCAGUGAAGAAAGCUGCUUUGUGUGCUGGUUCUGGGAGCAGUGUCCUGAAGGGAGCAGAAGCUGACCUCUACCUCACAGGAGAGAUGUCCCACCAUGACGUGCUGGAUGCAGUUGCCAAUGGGAUAAGUGUUAUUCUGUGUGAGCACAGUAACACUGAGCGAGGCUUCCUGUCAGAACUGCGUGACACACUCGCGAUCCACCUAAAGAACCAAGUCAACAUCAUUGUGUCUGAGAARGACAGAGAUCCUCUCCAGGUGGCAUAGGGGGAAAAAACUGGAGAGAGAGAGAAUUCAGUCAAUUGUGGUAUCUUGCACAGACCUAUCCAACUGCAGAACUUAAUGAAGGUGCUUUGAAUUGGUCUAGUAUACACAAUGAUUGUGUUGUACGGUCCCUCAAAGUUUAGGGUAUAUUUUGCCAUAUCAGAAAAAUAUUUGUUUUGUAAUACCAAAGGGUCAUUUACCUAAUUACUGCACUUCAAUAAAUUUACUAUUCUUGCUUGAAUUAGAUAUAUUUGAUAACCAUGAUAACUCAAGGACUGGUUUGGGUAAAAUAUGUAAAACCUGAUUUAUCUCCAGAUUUAAGCUUACACAGCUGUUCUGCCCUACUGCAGUUAUGUCAAAUCAUGUCAGUGCAAGUCACUGAUAUUUUGCCUAAUAAAWGUCAGAAAUAGUACUUAAUGAAAGGAUGGAGAUCAACUGUUUACAUUAACGGUUUUACUAAGGCAUCACUCAGAUGCAAAUAGAGAACACAAACCAAAUUGUUGGUAUUAGUAUUCAAUAGCAUGAUCCAUUACUAAAUCAGUUUUAAGGCUUUUCAAUAGAGGGACUCAGUUAAAAAAUACUUUGGAAGGUUAAAACUCCAUUCCUUGACAAAGCUGUAAAUUCAUCUGCCUUUGUUGUUUUSUUUUAAAACCAGUUUUUGUAACUGUGGUUCUUCCUUACAGGAUUACUAAAACUGAACAAAUAGUACUUCCACCACUGAUAAGUUUUAUUUUUCAAGUUUUUUUUUUCUGUUGUGAUUUUUUCAAGAAGAAAACCCUCACAGUUCCAUACCCUACCAUCUUUGGAUGGUAAAUACUUCAUUACAAAUUUGUAAAGAUCUUAGCACUAUCCUUUUACGUUAAUAAAAGUGGCCCAUCAAACAGUGUCUCUAUCUARUAAUUGCAUGU